AUGGCGCUCCUGCAAACGUCCCUUAUCUGGGCUGUAUAUGCAAUUGUGGUAGCCAUCUUGGUUGCAGUGGCCACUGUAUUUAUUUAUGUUUACCAUACCCCUCGGGAUCGCUGUCCAUCGGUGAUACUGACUUGUAUCGUUGCUGUCGCCACCCUUCUUGCGACUGUUCUCUUGGUACCAGUCGACGUUGCUCUGGUCUCAUCUACGAUUGAUCCGGCUCUAGGUCGGCGACAAGACUGGGCUACCCAGAGUGAAAUAGAUAGGAUAUUAUUGUGCUUGAAAGUCGCGUAUUACUUCCUAUACUCUUUGGACGCCCUCCUCUGCCUCAUCGUGAUCCCUUUCAUUUAUUUUUGGUACGAAGAGUACGACGAGGUGGCAUCUGAAAGAGAACAACAGCCACUGGGGCAGCGGUUUUGGGCUGCUUUUAGAUACACAGUCUCUUUCCUUGCGAUAGUGGUUGUGCUGUUUCUCGUUGGUUUCUUCGUGCCUGUUGCGAAAGAUGGGAAUGGUGGCGGUCUGGAUUAUUUCAAAAACCUACUGACUGAAAGCCGUGGCGAACGUGCCCUUACAUUUGCUCUCGGUUUGCUCAUAACCAUAGGCCUGUGCUUAUAUGUUUUAUAUACUUCCACGGGUCUAGCUCUAUUUCCGAUUGCCCUAAUCAAGGAAGGUCCGUCAGUUAUAGGCCCGACAUUGGAAGCGACUACAGCUGUGCAGCUUAGUUCUAAUCGGGAACGACAGCGCCAGUUAGAAGGUCUCUGCAGAGGGAAUCCGGGGCUGUUGUCUUCAAAAGACCGUAGAGAGCUGGAUACUCUGGUUAGGGAAGAACGAACGCUUAUUCGCCGACAACGCUUAUCGGAUGAAGCUCAGAACAAAGAUCAAAACCGGUUAAUGCAAUUGUGGCUAAAAAUUGAAGCUAUAUUUCGUCCUCUUCGGCUGCUAUCCGGCGUUAUUCUUUUACUUAUUGCCUUUACUAUAUGGAUAUCUAUGCUUUUGACGGCGAUCGAUAAGGCCAAGAACUCAUUCUGCAAACAACGAUGCGGAUACAUUCUUGGACAUAUCAAUGUUUUCAACCCCAUCAACUGGGUCUUUGUCCAAUCCGCCAAAAUAUUCCCAGUGGACUACUUCAUUUUCACAGUGCUUGUCUUAUUCCUUUUCAGCAGCUCCAUCGUCGGUGUUUCUGCAAUUGGCAUUCGGUUUCUCUGGAUCAGAAUCUUCCAAAUCCGAAAAGGCCACACAUCGCCCCAAGCUCUUCUGUUAGCAACAGCUAUGUUGAUGUUGAUCAUACUAGCUUUGAACUAUUCAACAUCGAUGAUACUUGCCCCUCAAUACGCAACUUAUGGGCCGCAGACUUUCUGUGACCGAGCGCUCAGCUUUUCUGGAAAACAGCCGGAUUGUUCAGGUGAUAAAGAUCUUAUCAAGCCGUGCUCUGAGGUGGCGGAUAGUUUGGCUGCGAAGCAAGUCUGCACUCCAAGCGUUGUCAGCACAUUUCUUAACCGGGUGACGAUGAAUUUCCCCUUAUUUGGUGCCAUCUUCUUUUGGGCCCAAUUCGCUUUCCUAGGUAUCUAUCUACUUGUAAUGGUCACCGCUCUCUUGCGCUCUCCGAAAUUCGACGAGCGACAGCUCGAUGAGGAUUCUGAAGAGGCCGAAGAAGAAAGCUUACUAGCAAGCACUAGAGGACGGAUUGACGCUACCUGGGAGGACAUCACUAGUGGGCUGAGAAGGCAGAAUGAGGCUGGCCGAGCCGUGGCUUAG